ACACACCGAACAUUAUCAUUCUACAGCAAAGUGGUUGGUAAAGGCACUAGAGCCGCUACAUCGCGAAUUAGUUAAAUUCAGUGUAAAAGACGUAUUCAGCUUUGUGGAAACUACCAAAAGCUUGAAUGUAAAGGGAAAGAAAAUGAUGUCACUGGAUGUAGCAUCAUUAUUCACCAACAUCCCACUGCUUGAAACAGUCAACUACAUAUGUGACCAGCUGAUAGGAGGAAAAAUAGAUGUAGGGAUCCCAUCCGAAAAAGUCAAAGAAUUAUUAUUGAAAUGCACUAUGAAUGUUCAGUUUAUGUUCAAUAAUGGUUUUUACCGACAAGUUGAUGGGGUAGCCAUGGGAUCACCUCUGGGCCCUUUGCUAGCGGAUAUUUUCCUGGCAAAGCUUGAAAAUGGUCCACUCAAAGACACGAUUAAAGGGCUUGACUAUUAUUGUCGAUACGUAGAUGAUACCUUCAUCGGUUGUGAUAGAAAUCUUAACAAACAAGAGCUUCUAAAUGCCGUUAAUAGUGUUUACCCAACUAUUCAGUUUACGUGUGAAGAAGAAGACAAUAACAGUUUACCUUUCCUAGACGUCCUACUUACCAUGAACACAGACGGAUAUCUACAAAGGAAAUUAUUUAGAAAGAAAACUUGGACGGGUCAGUACACCCAUUUCCAUAGUUUCACAUGGAUUCAGCACAAAAGAAACUUAGUUAAGUGUCUUAGCUACAGAAUAAAACGAAUAUGCUCAGAGGAAUGCACUAAGGAAGAAAUACAUAAACUGAAAUUCACACUGCAAAAAAUGGACAUCUACAGAGCUUCCUAAAAAAGUAUAUGUCAAUACUUAAAGACACGGCAAAGGUAGAUACCAUAGACAAGAAACCUUUGUAUCUUAAGUUACAAAGGGGAAAUUGCAGCUGACAUUCUAAAAUGUCGACUUAAUAGAGCCAUAGAUAGAACAUUUCCUGCAGCUAAAUUUGUACUAAACUUCUCAACAAAACCAGUUACUCACACAGCAAGUCAAGGAUAAAUUACCAAAGAUGGCCUCAUCGAUGUGCAUCUAUGAAUUCAACUGCUCAUGUGGAGAUAGUUACAUUGGCCGUACUCAGAGGGCUUUAUACAUGCGCGCGCGUGAACAUGUAUCUGCAUGGUUGAGUAAAGGAGUAACCAAAUGCAUAAAUAGUGCAGUCUUAGCCCACUUGGUGGAUACUGGACACCCGAUAAAACUUGACCAGGCGUUCUCAGUUAUUUACCGCGUUCCUAGUAAUUUAUCUAGAGGAGCUCGACUACGUCUUCAAUCAGUAGCUGAAGCGUUGCAAUUAAUACCAGAAGACCAUCUCUUUGCAUACUGAAGUAGUAUGUUCAACCUCUACGUUUACCUUGGCCCAUAAUAAAGCCAACAAAUC